ACAUGACUUUGCGGGCGACUUGUGAGAGGUUGACACCGCAGGUGUGGUACAACCAAAGGAUCACGUCCGUGGGUCACUUCUGGGCACAGAGAGGCGAGAGGGUCCAGAAGCCGGACAUUGUCGGUAAGAAUGCUAAGGCCGAGUACGAGAUGACGGUGGAGGACUACAUGUCGGUUAUCCCCGAUUGGGCCGAGCCGCAUGCCGAGGCAUGGGAGGAGAUGGUUAGGACGAGGUGGCUCAAGAUGGACGAGGACUUUGCAGCCGUGGCGAGGCGGAACGCGGAGAACCGAGGCGACGGUGGCACACACUGUGGGGGAAACCUCAGCUACGAGCGCUACAAGGGGAAGACGGUAUGUAUACAUUUUAUUUUCCGUCAGGUUCAAAGUUGGUACUCACAACAUUUCCUUUCGCGAUGCAGAGGGCUGCGCCACGUGCCCCCGUAUGCCGAGGGCCACCCGCUCGGCGUAGCCUUGCGCGCGGGCUUCCCAGGCUGCGCCACGUGCCCGCCCACCUGUGCCGACGGCCAGUACGCCGACGGGUGGGGCCAGCCGUCGGCCCACUCCGUCUAUGCCGACGGGCGGCGCUACGCCGAGGGCCACGUGUGCUGUGCCGAGGCCAACCUUCCCCGACGAGCUACACCGAGGGCCCCCGUCAGCGUAGCGUAUGCUGAGGGCGAGGCGGUGCUACGCCGAGGGCUGGAGGCCGUCGGCAUCUUGGCAGAUUCCUGUAGUGAUAUACCCUUCGUGGGGCCAGAUAUUGGUACGCAUUUGGAAGUUGCUGCAACGAAUACAAAUAAUAUAUCUCUGAAAUAG